AUGGCAGACAAGCUUUCGUACACGUACGUCAUCGUAGGAGGUGGAAUUGCUGGCGUAACUUGUGCCGAAACGUUGAACCUUUUGCGUACCGACCCAAACGACCGGAUUCUCUUGCUAACUGAGUCUUCGCUCGUCAAAGCAGUGACCAAUGUGGUUCCGCUGGGUAAAAUUCUAAAUCGUUUCGAUGUGGAAGAAAAAAGUACGGGAGAACUUGCAUCGGCAAAUAACAUCGACGUGCUGCUCGAUCAACUUGAUACGAUUGAAAGUGAGAAAAACUUGCUAAAAACGGUCUCAGGAAGAUGUAUUCAGUACCGAUUCGUAUGCCUUUGCACCGGUGCAAGACCGAAGAUAAUCGACAAAGCGAAAGGAAACGCGAAUGUGAUCGGUAUCCGCGAUACGGAAUCGGUGGAAGAGUUCCGGAAGCGAAUCGACACGGCUAGCCGACUGGUGGUUGUUGGAAAUGGUGGUAUUGCAUCGGAACUGGUGUACGAAGUGGAUGGAAUGGAGGAAAUCCACUGGGUGAUAAAGGAUCCGUACAUAAGCUCGACGUUUGUGGAUUCCGGAGCGGCCACCUUCUUUAAGGAGCGUUUAAAUAAUAAAUCUGGAACGGAAAAGACGAUCUAUAAACGUAUGCGGUACACGGAGCAAGAGGAAACUGGCGCAGGAAAUAAGCGGGGAGCUGCACUAGGACCUGACUGGCAUCGUGCCUUUGAUAUCCAGAAACACGGGGACGAUGCGUCCCGGAACGCUAACAAAGUAACGAUUCAUCAAUCGGUGGAAGUUGAGGACAUUCUAGAAAUCAGCACCGGAUUGAAGAUUCUCCUUACGGAUGGUACGACGAUUGAGUGUGAUUUCGUCGUGUCUGCUACUGGUGUUGUUCCGGCCACUAGCUGGACGGGUGGUUGUGAUCGGCCAUUUAAAUUAGGACCGGAUGGUGGCCUCUUCGUCAACUGGUCGAUGGAAACAUCCGUUAAGGACAUCUACGCAGCUGGAGAUGUUUGCUACGCUGGCUGGGAACAUGCACCGCACUGGUUCCAGAUGCGUCUAUGGACACAGGCUCGCCAAAUGGGUGCAAUGGCCGCCCGGAGUAUGGCUGCCAAACGUGCGGGGGAAGAGAUUUAUCAGGAUUUUUGCUUCGAAAUGUUCAACCACGCGACGACUCUAUUCGGUUAUCAGGUAGUACUGCUCGGGCGCUACAAUGGGCAAGGUUUGCACGAUAAGUAUGAGGUGCUGCUUCGGAUGACACCUGGGCUGGAGUAUAUCAAGUUCGUAAUGGUUGAUGGACGGUUGCAGGGUGCACUGUUGGUAGGUGAAACGGGGCUGGAAGAAACGUGCGAGAAUUUGAUCCUCAAUCAGCUGGACCUCUCACCAUACGGGGAUGAUCUGCUGAAUCCUGAUAUCGAUAUUGAGGAUUAUUUCGACUAG